AACAUGUAUAAUAUAAUCUUAUUAAAAUGUAGAUUAAUAAUAUUCAAUGCAUAUUACACCAAAUAGUUGUUUAUUUUAUCUAAAAUAAAUUGGAUGGUUUUUGUGAUAAUGGCACCAGCACAAUCAAUGGCUGUUCAAGACAAAGUUGCAGAGUUUGCUCAUGCAAUGAAAGAGCGAUUUUCGCAUAACUACCUUAAAUUUUCUUCUGUCAACUUAAUGUCUUUGAUAUCUUGGGCGGCCUCUGGUGCAAUGAUGUUUGGCGGAGUGGUACCAUAUAUUCCACAAUAUUAUGACAUUUACACUACAUCAAAUACUGAUGGUUUCUCAACAUAUGUUUGCUUUGCAUUACUUGCUGCAAAUAUUUUAAGAAUUUUAUAUUGGUUCGGACAUCCUUUUGAGCUACCUUUAUUUCUGCAAAGUGUUAUUAUGAUUAUUGCAAUGCUUGUUAUGUUAGAACUUUGUGUACGUAUUAAGCGAGGCAAUGAGUUUACUGCAAAAAGAAGGAAAUUUUCAGAUUUCGAUUGGGCAUAUUUUUGGAACUGGACACACUUUGCUGAUUAUAUGCAAUUUCUAAUGGUGUUUAGUUUGCUUGGCUCUAUUUUGACAUUUACGUUAAGUAAUAUACCAGUUUAUAUGGAAACUCUAGGAUUUAUAUCAGUCUUCACUGAAGCAAUGUUAGGCUUACCACAGUUUUAUAGAAAUUAUAAAAAUAGGUCUAUUGCUGGCAUGAGUUUGAAAAUGGUUGCAAUGUGGUUUUGUGGUGAUACAUUUAAAACUGGCUACUUUAUCAUCAAAGAAGCUCCUAUACAGUUCAGCAUUUGUGGAUCGUUACAAGUGUCAAUAGAUAUAGCUAUUCUGUAUCAAGCUCAUUUUUAUAAUCGUCCCAAACCUCUGAGUAAAGAUUAGCACAAACUUAUAUUUCUAUUAAAAUCUAAAACUGCGAUUGUUAAAACGAUUUUAUGAAAAAAUUUUCGGCUGAAGAUUAGCAAGCUGUAGAAUUUUCCGAUGUUGCUCCUGGCCACAAUAUUCUUUGUAUAAAAAUACAUUCUUUAUUAUACUUUUGUAUUAUAUUUAAAUAUCAAUUUAAAAUUAUGUAUAUAGAAAAUAUUUUGUUAUUUAUUUGUGGAUUUGACAUAAAAAUUUAUAUUGUUGAAAAUGAAUUAUGAAAAUACUCAAAAAUGUAUAAAAUGAUUAUUAAAAACAU